ACAAACAGUACUAAUCUCUUUCUCUUCAACCUCAGUUCAGUAUCAAGAUAAUCUCUCUCCCCUGCUUCUCUCUCUCUCUCGUUGAUGAACCACUUUGAUUCCUUGGCAAUGGAAAACUUGUACUGUUACAUAGCUUUCUUCCUAUCCACCAUAUUCAUCCUCAAACUUCUAUACCGCCGCAACCAAAAUCUACCGCCUAGUCCAUUUUCUCUUCCAAUAAUCGGCCAUUUCCACCUUCUUAAACAACCUAUCUACCAAUCACUGCAGACCCUAUCGUUGCAAUAUGGUCCAAUCCUAUCUCUGAAAUUAGGUUCCCGAUCUAUCCUAGUCAUAUCUUCUCCCUCUGCUGUUGAAGAGUGUUUCACCAAGAAUGACAUAAUAUUUGCAAAUCGUCCCAGCACCAUGGCUGGCGAACAUUUUACUUACAACUUCACUAAUCCAGUUUGGGCUCCAUAUGGCCACUUUUGGCGGAACCUUCGACGCCUGUUGAGCCUUCAGAUCUUCUCUACUAACAGCCUCCAAAAAUCUUCCAUCAUUCGACAGGAAGAAGUUUACUCCCUUAUUCGCCAAUUGUUCAAAGUGUCAAAUGGAGAAGAACCCCAAAAAGUGGAGUUUCGGUAUCUGAGCUCAAUUCUGACGUUCAAUAUAACGAUGAGGAUGCUCACUGGAAAGCCAUGUGUUGGAGAGGAGACUGCAAUCACGGAUGUGGGAAAGAAACAUCUCAAAGAUAUGAAGGAUACUUACUUUGCAAGCUUGUCAAUGAAUGUAUGCGAUUUCUUUCCGGUUUUGAGGUGGGUUGGUUACAAAGGGAUAGAGAAAGGCAUGAUUAAUUUGAGUGGGAAGAGGGAUGAGUUGCUGAGGGGUUGGAUACAAGAGACUAAGCAGGAGAAAACCAGUUCUUUGAAUACCACUACCGUCGUGGACGAGGUAAAGAAGAGGACUCUGAUUCAAACUUUGCUGUCUAUUCAUGAAUCAGAACCUGAAUUCUGUUCAGAUGAUGUCGUCAAAAGCAUCACUUUGAUGAUGUUUGUUGCGGGAACAGAUACAACAGCAACAGCCAUGGAAUGGGCAAUGGCACUUCUGCUGAAUCAUCCCAGGGUAUUCCAGAAGCUUAAAGCAGAGAUUGACGACCAGGUUGGACAUGAGCGCUUGCUAAAUGAGUCGGAUCUUUCCAAGCUGCCUUAUCUUCGUUGUGUCAUCAACGAAACACUCAGACUCUAUCCCCCAACGCCACUUUUAUUACCCCAUUUUUCUGCAGAAGACUGCACUGUGGGGGGAUUUCAGAUAUCCCGAGGGACGAUUUUGGUCGUGAAUGCAUGGCUCAUACAUAGAGAUCCCAAGUUCUGGGAGAAGCCCGAAAGGUUCAAUCCAGAGAGAUUUCAAGGAAUAUUCCAAGGACAAAGAGAGACUUUCAAGUUCAUCCCUUUCGGAGUAGGGAGGAGAGCCUGCCCCGGAGCUGGCAUGGCCCUGAGAACACUUUCAUUGGCAUUGGGUGCACUCAUUCAGUGCUUUGAUUGGGAAACGCUUGAUAAAGAGAUGGUGGACAUGCGCCCUGUUUCAGGGUUUGUUCUGUCGAAGGCUAAGCCUUUGGAGGUUGUCUGCAGUCCACGCCGGUCCACGAAAGACAUGCUAUCUCAACUUUGAUUACCGAGUGGACAAACUCUCCCCAACUCUUUUGAAAAUAAGUGAGACCACUGUACAAAAGAGUUUUCUAUGCGAGUCUCAAGUGUGUUAUAUUUUCCUUUUUCUUGAAUUCCACUAGGCAUAAUAGUUUCAUUUACUAUUGUAACGCCAAGUGGCCGGAUGAUAAUACACUAUGUGUAUGUAGCCUUAUACAUGCUUUCGAUUCUUGAUUCUCA